AUGAAGGAUAGCCGACUUGUAUUAAAAUCGUCCACUCAAGUAUCAUUAAAUCAUUCGUGCAUUGAAUAUUGUGUAGAAAAACGAGAAUAUUUUUCAAACAUUGAAUAUAUUGUUGUUGUACUAUCGCUACUUAUGGCAUUAUACUCUUAUAUAAUUAGUACGACCAUAAUAUGCAUAAAAAUUGGAUUUAUUGUUUUCAUCUUGUUCAUGUUAUCACUGUGGUUAAGCUUUAAAGUUCACAAUGAAUCAUUACUCAUAACGGCUCCAAUUGGAUUACAACUGACUACAACAUACAUUACUGGACAUCAGAGAGUGUUUUCCUUACCAUGGCAAAGUAUUACUGAUGUACUUAUUGUUGAUGUAAUUCGUACUCAAAAAGUAUUAUAUUACCUAGCAAUUAAAACACCCCAAAACGGAUUAGUUACAUUAUUUCAGAAAAGUGCACCAAGGUUAAAUUUUUUAGAAAUCAUUUAUAAAGAUAUAUACAAACUAUUAGAAAGCAACAGGUGA